UUUUUAGAGUGUUGAAAUGAAUAAAAUUUGGUCACUACUUUGUUAUAUUAUCCUGUACAAGGAUAUUCUUUCACACUUUCGCUUCUUCUUGCUGUUCUGAUUGUUAUAUGCUUCGAUCACUUAUUUUUCUUUUCUAUCUCCUCAAAAUAGGUUCUUGAGAUGAGUCCCGAGAGAGAAGAGUAUGCGGAUUGGAGAGGGAAAAACGCAGAUCCCAGAGAGCAUGGUGGAGUUAGAGCCGCAAGCUUUGUAUGUGUGGUGGAGGUAUUGGAGAAUUUGGUUUUCUUAUCAAAUGCCUCAAACUUUGUUGUAUACUUUCUGAUGUCUAUGAAUUACAAACCUGCUGAAGCUUCAAACAUGGUGACCAAUUUUAUGGGAACCUCUUUUCUGCUCACGAUAUUUGGUGGAUUCAUUAGUGAUUCAUUCAUCACAAGAUUCAAAACCUUCAUCUUCUUUUGUUCAAUUGAGUUGCUGGGACUUAUCUUACUGACAGUCCAAGCUCAUGAACCACAUUUACAUCCAGCCAUGGGUAGAAGGCCUUCAGGGUCACAAGCAGCCAUUCUUUACGCUGGGCUCUAUGCUAUGGCCUUUGGUGUUGGUGGUGUUAAGGCCACCUUGCCUGCUCAUGGUGCUGAUCAGCUUGACCACAGCAAUCAGCGACUCAUCUCUGCCUUCUUCAACUGGUUUUUCUUUUCCCUAUGUACUGGUGGCCUCAUAUCUGUAACUUUGAUGAUUUGGAUUGAAGAGAACCUUGGUUGGAAUUGGAGUUUUAAGAUAUCGGUGAUAGUCUUGAGUGUGACCCUUUUCAUUUUCACCAUUGGUUUCUCAUUUUACAGAUACAAACUUCCUGGUGGAAGUCCAUUAUCAAGGAUCUUUAAGGUGUUUGCUUCUACAGCUCGAAACUGGAAAUUAUCACCAAUAGAGAGAGUGAAUGGACGAUCACAUAGCAAGUUCAAGAUUCUAGAUAAAGCAUUGAUUGACAACACAGUUACUGCAACUGAUGUGGAGGAAACAAAAACCUUUCUUGGCCUGCUUCCCAUAUUUGCAACCACAAUUCUGAUGAACUGUUGCCUAGCUCAACUAAUGACAUUCACAGUGCAACAAGGGAACAUCAUGAACAGAACAAUACACCAUUUCAAAAUCCCUACUCAAUCAUUAACAGUAUUUCCCCUCAUCAUCAUGCUUGCUUCGAUUCCCUUAUACGAGCAGUUCGUACGUAUUUUUGGCAAUGAGAAGGCUAAAAUGUUCCAACCACUUCGGAGGAUUGGGUUGGGGCUAGCACUGGCAUCAGGGUCCAUGGCUGUGGCAGCUAUAGUUGAAGUUAAGAGACGUGAGGCUGCUGAGAAUAAUGUCAUAUUGUCUGUCUUUUGGCUUGGGUGGCAAUACCUUUUGCUAGGAGUUUCUGACAUGUUAACUCUUGGGGGAAUGCUUGAGUUUUUCUACUCAGAGGCACCUGCUAGCAUGAGAAGCAUGUCUACUGCAUUGUCAUGGUGCUCUACAUCAAUGGGGUACUUCCUUAGCUCAGUGCUUGUGGGCAUAACCAAUUCAGUGAGUGGAAAAUAUGGUCAACCAUGGCUUGGGGGAAAAAGUUUGAAUCAAACCCGUUUGGAUCUAUUUUACACCCUCCUUUCCAUUCUUAACAUCCUUAAUCUUUUGGCCUACAUGUACUGUGCCAAGAGGUAUUAAGAGUUUGAAAACUGCAGACUAAAUCAGUAUUUGAAAGCUUGUCGCUGUAAUCGUAAAGACUGGAAGUAUAUAUAUUGAACUGUGUAAAACUAUACAAUGAAUUGUCUUUAUAUAGGCAGAUAUGUAAGUGCUGGACAAGUAAUAUGAGUACAGUACAAAUAAAACAAAGCCGAGAAUUCGUUGGACUUGUAAAGCAUUGUGCUGUAUGUUAUUAAAAGUCAUUUUUAGUAGAAUGAUACUAGCAUAUACAUGUGUAAUGAAAACGAACU